AUGGACUUCGAAGCCAGCAGUUUGAGAACAGAAGAACAGUUCUGGAAUGAAUUGGACGAUGUUCUAAAACGGCAAUGCGAUUCACAUGAAGAGAUCGACGACAGCUUGCGCACAUAUUUAUCAUUGCUCGAGAGUUGCAGAGAUGACUUCUUCGACCUCGACCAUGACAUUACACGGUGUACAGAGCUGGUUUUGUCAUCUCCGCUAUUUACAAAAAAUGCAGAUUAUAUACGACUUCAAAUAAUAUACAGCUUGCUCCAGGAAGAUUCGCAUGACAAUCUUCUCGGGAUUGUGUCGUUCCUCCUUUUCGACGGGUGUGAGAAUGAAACCACCUUUGAGAUGAUGUGUGAAGAAGGGGCGUUUUGUCGACUAUUGGAAUUAAUACAAUCACUAAAGGGCGAUGACCAUUCUGGAAGUAGUAUUGAAGCCAGCCUUCAUCGGUUGUUGAUGGAUCUGUUGUAUGAAAUGUCAAGAAUCCAGCGGGUUAAGAUUGAAGACCUAGUGACUGUGGACGAUGAGUUCAUAAAAUAUCUCCUACAAAUAAUCGAAGAGCCCCCGGAAGAGCCAAAUGACCCCUAUCAUUAUGCUGUGAUUCGUGUUUUACUAGUUCUCAAUGAGCAAUUCAUGGUAUCAAGCCAUGACCCAACCGGAGAUAGGACUACAACUGUGCCAUUGACGAACAAAGUAAUGAAAGUUUUGUCAAUGCAUGGCAGUCUCUAUAAAACUUUUGGAGAAAAUAUUAUUCUUCUCCUUAACCGCGAGGGUACCUUUUCCGCUUCCACCCCUGAAACUCCGUCGUACGCUAAUCACAUGGAAAUAGAUGAAACUUCCUUACAGCUUCUCACUCUCAAGAUUCUAUACUUGCUAUUCACGACGCCCUCAACUUAUGAAUAUUUUUAUACUAAUGACCUUCGUGUUCUUGUCGAUAUUCUUAUCCGUAACCUUUAUGAUCUCCCUGAAGAUGCAAUGCCCCUCCGCCAUACAUAUCUCAGAGUUCUAUACCCACUUCUUGCUCACACUCAACUGAAGUACCCUCCGCACGAUAGACGAGAGGAACUUAGAAAGCUCUUCACAACUCUAAUUAGGGGCCAAUGGUCUGAUACAGAAGAUGGUGAUAAUAGUGAAAGGAUUCUUCAUUUCAACGAAGUGGAUGACACCACAAAAAGACUUGUCUUGCGGUGUGCACAAGUUGACUGGAUAUGUGAGGGAACUAAUUGGUUCGCAAAGGAGUUAUCUGAACCAGUAUCGAUUGAGAAUUCGAGGACGAAUGGCCAUUCCAAUACAGAUUCCCUGGGAAGCGUGGAAGCCCCUAGUAUCGGUUCACCAAUUUCACCUCAGACGAGCCUAGACGAGAAUCUGCACGGACAUGAUACCUCAUCAUCACCGAUUCAACAUCCGGCUACUGCGUCAGCCGCCCCCGGGUUUGAGUCUGCACGCUCUUCAUCCCAUAGCAUUGCAAAGGUAGCUUCUCACAAAGAAAGGCCUGGCGUCAUUGUACCGAGCAAAGGGGCGGCGAAACAAAAGCCAGAGCCCCCAGUGGCACGCCGUUCCAGAGCACGUCGACGAGCUGAAUCAAAGGAAAAGGAUGAGAAGGGAAGCACUAGUCGUGGAUGUCGAGGAUUCUCAGAAUCAGGGAUAUCGAAAUUACAUCCGGCAGAACUGGAAAAUGCAGCAGACAAUGCUACGUCGGCCUCCUCUCCUGUUCGUAAACCUGAAGACAAUACUUCUUGCUCGAGCCCAAGGGAACCUGUGGUUCAAUCGCCUGAUCCGAUCACACCUGCCUCUUCAUACUGCUUCCCUCCAUCUUCUGCCUCGCACAAGACUCAUAUUCACCACCCUACAACCCCCCCAGCAGUUCCUCCUCCUCGCAGAUCUUCACAAUCAGUGCCUCCACCUCAUCCCGUCAAAUCCCAUUCCCACCACCACACCAGGCAGCAGCACUCGGCCACACGCCCUCCUCCGCCCCCUCCGCACAAUCCACAUAACUGCCCGCCUAGCCGGCCAUCCCAGAAGCCAGAACCACCCAGAACCAGACGCUGGCGUGCGCAUCAGCACCACCAGAAGCAUGAAGACAGCAAUGGCCAUGUUACUCCCGAUGCCCAAAUUUGCACACCAUCCCCUACCGAAGCCAACCACAGUUUACAUCCAUCUCAGCAGCAAACAUCGCACACAAACGGAGGGACAGAAUCUCCCGCCACUCCAAUCAUAACAGUGGAAAUGGUUGAGAACAAACUUUCAGAGCAGAUGCAGAAAUCGCAUGUCACCUAA